UGAGCAGCUAGUUAGGUCAAUACGGGAAAGGGGGGGACCGUGGAAAAGCUGACUGAGGCCAACUGGGAAACGGUGUUCAUUCACUAGCUAACGGGGGAGGCGGGUAGCUAACGUUAGCAUAGCUAGCUGCAUCAAAUUUUAAGAUGUCCCACUCGUCAUCACGUGGCUCCUCGCGCAACACUGACUGCAAGGUCUAUGUGGGUGACUUAGGCAACGGGGCUGCUAAGGGGGAGUUGGAGCGGGCGUUCAGCUACUAUGGACCUCUGCGCAGCGUCUGGGUGGCCAGGAACCCGCCUGGCUUUGCCUUCGUCGAGUACGAAGAUCCCAGAGAUGCUGAGGAUGCGACGAAGGGCAUGGAUGGCAAAGUGCUCUGUGGUUCUCGCAUAAGAGUGGAGUUGUCAACGGGCAUGUCUCGCAAGUCACGCUACGGCCGCCCCAGCCGUCGGCACUUCGACCCCAACGACCGCUGCUACCAAUGUGGCGAGAGUGGCCAUUAUGCAUAUGACUGCUCUCGCUUUAGCAAGAGGGGAGGAGGCCGUCGCCGCAGCAGGUCCCGCUCACGAUCUCGCUCAAGGUCCAGAGGAAGGCGUUACCGCUCACGCAGCCGAAGCAACGACCGUGACCGGCGUAAUAGAUCCCCAUCAUACUCAAAGCGCAGAAGCAGAUCUGGGUCCCCAGCACGUUCCAAGUCCAGAAGUCCAGUGCGCAGAUCCAGGACCCCAGUCCGUCGGUCCAGGACUCCAGUGCGCAGAUCAGUAAGUCGCUCCCGUUCUCGCUCCCAUUCCCGGUCAGUGUCCCGCCCCAGGGCGCGGAGCGUCUCCAGAUCUCGCUCCAGGUCCCGCUCAGCCACCACCAAGAAGAGCCGAUCUAGGUCUCCCAGCCAGAGGAAAAGCCCCAUACCUGAUGCUGACUGACCAUGGGGGCGAAACCGCUCCAUGCCCUGCUGUUCCCCUAUCCCCAUUUGCCUCAGGGCUUGAAGCCAUUUAACCCCUUUGUCCAUGUAUUUUGAUUUCUUUCUCCUGUCAAUUAGUUUAUUUAUCCCUUGGUGUUCAUCUUCUGGCUUUGGCAUUAUUAUUUCAUCUGUAUGUACAACAAAUUCACGAACUGUACAUUUCAAUGGCUCUUUUUACAGUGGUGAUGUUUUUAGCUUUCUGUGCAUUUUGAAUUUGUUAUCCUUUGGCCAGUGUUAAUGGCAAAAAAAGUUAUUUUUCUGAUAUAUUUGGCAAUAUAUCAACUCCAGUCGAGUGCAUUGAAGUGUACUCAUAGCUGUACUAAAAGCAGAAUGAUUUGGGGUUUUAUUUCAUUUUCAAUGUAAAUGGCGGUAUCUUUUUAAUAAAAUGAAUCUUUACACUAGU